AUGCACUUUUCACAAGCUGAUGGUGAGGUCUCACUAUGUGGUGCAAUAGAAAUGAGUGGCAUGAACGUGUUUCUGAGAAACUCUGAAAUGCUUGACCCUCCCGUGGCUAAUGUGGACCAUUUGCUGGUUCUCUUCUCACUUGAUAAACCAAAGCCUGAGUCCACUGGGAUUCCUCUUACUCUAGCUCUUAACAAGACUGAGCUUAUGGAUAAAGAGACCUUGGAUUCUUGGAAGGCUAGGUUUCAGGACUGGGGAUACCAGCCAGUUUUUUGCAGUGUUAAAUCCAGACUAAACUUUGAUCUUCUUGCAUUCCAAUUGCGAGAUGAUCAAACAACAUUGAUUGUGGGACCUAGGGGAGUUGGGAAGUCUAGUUUGAUCAACGCUCUUAGAAGAAAUCAUCGUACUUGUGUUACUGCAGAUGGGAAGAAUUGGUUUGAACCUAUUUUAGGUAGCAAGUGGUUAGAGGACCAGCAAGUUCCAGAGGUUUCAACAAGCAGUGGCAGGGGGAAGCAUACUACUAAAUUAGAAGAUGACAUUAAAGUAAAGUUGGAUGAGGAAGUAGAUAAUGAAUGUGUUUUAAAUGCUCUUAAGGAAGCAUUUACAGCUGUUGGUUAUUCUCUUGAACCUUAA